AUGGAGAUUACAAACAGUAGCUGGUUCCAGCCACCUACCCUUCUUCUAACAGGCAUCCCUGGACUAGAAGAUGUGCAGAUAUGGUUCUGUAUCCCACUAUGUAUCAUGUACCUAAUUGCCCUGCUUGGAAACUGCACCAUCCUCUUUGUUAUCAAAACCACCUCCAUUCUUCAUGAGCCUCAAUACAUAUUCCUAUCUAUGCUGGCAGCUACAGACGUUGGUCUCUCUGUAUCAACUCUGCCUACGGUAAUGAAUGUCUUCCUCCUGAAUCACAGAGAUACUGAGUUCCACUCUUGCUUGACACAGAUGUUCUUUAUCCACACCUUUUCUUCCAUGGAGUCAGCCAUCCUACUGGCCAUGGCUUUUGACCGGUUUGUUGCUAUUCGUAAUCCAUUACACUAUACUGUAGUUUUAACUCCCCCUAGGAUUAUCAGGAUGGGACUUGCAGCUGUUGUUAGGGGUGUGAUGUUAAUGGUCCCCUUGCCAAUCCUGCUCAAGAGGUUGCCUUUCUGUAAGGGUGUCAUCCUGUCCCAUUGCUAUUGCUACCAUCCUGACAUCAUGAAGCUGGCCUGUGGUCCUGUCAGGGUUAAUAUCAUCUAUGGAUUGUCUCUAGUCCUCUGUUCAUUUGGAGUGGACUCUGUGCUUAUUGUCAUCUCUUACAUCUUGAUUUUGAAAACAGUGCUGGGUAUUGCCUCGGGAGAUGGUAAGCUCAAGGCACUCAACACUUGUGUCUCUCACAUAUUCACUGUCUUUAUAUUUUAUGUCCCACUCAUUGUUCUGGCCCUAAUUCACAGGUUUGGUACAUUUGCAUCCCCUCUCCUCCAUGUCACCAUGGCCAAUCUUUUUCUCUUCUUGACUCCUGUUCUAAACCCCUUGGUUUAUAGCUUAAAAACCAAACAGAUAAGGUCUGCAGUGUGUAAAAUAUUUAACGUUUGGGGAAACUUGCUCAAAUAG